GCUCCACCCCCAAAUCCCACACACAAAUCCUAUUCCACUGCUUCCCUCUGCCUCCAGAUUCCAAUUCCUCCGAGCGGUUGCUGCGAGCGAAGCUUCCCGGUUUCCGGCGAUGUCGGGGCGCGGCAAGGGCGGCAAGGGUCUGGGCAAGGGCGGCGCCAAGCGCCACCGUAAGGUGCUCCGCGACAACAUCCAGGGCAUCACCAAGCCGGCGAUCCGGAGGCUGGCCAGGAGGGGCGGCGUCAAGCGCAUCUCCGGCCUCAUCUACGAGGAGACCCGCGGAGUGCUCAAGAUCUUCCUCGAGAACGUCAUCCGCGACGCCGUCACCUACACCGAGCACGCCCGCCGCAAGACCGUCACCGCCAUGGACGUCGUCUACGCGCUCAAGCGCCAGGGCCGCACCCUCUACGGCUUUGGCGGCUAGAUCGGUUCCUCUUCUGGUGGCGGACUACAUGUGGUGGUGGUGGUGUGUUCUGGGCAUAGUGUAGUCAGUGCUCUGUGUAUGGAUGCUGUGUUCUGUGGUGGUUGUGGUCUACCCUUCGGGAUGUUCGAGUCUCUAGUCCGUCUGCUGUAAUAUCUAGUUGCUGUUAUCAAUGGAAAACCCUCGGUUCUAUCCUCA